UUUGACACACACAGCCACACACACACAAAUACUACAAACAAGCAAAAUUCACGUCUGUGGAAAAUGAUCUGUGACUUCUGGAUCAAGCUGUCCCAAAGCAAUCGCGGGAUUGGUCUAAACCACAGAGACAGUUUCAGUCCUUAGCCAAUAGAAAAUACAGAACUUGUACAGCUGACGUGGAUUCUGAAAACACGGAAGUAAAGCGUUGGUAAGUGAAAACAUGCAACAGAAAUUACUAUUGCAUAAAAUUCAUAACUAAAUAUAUUAUUUACAAUCACCUGUCUAACCGUGCAGGUGGUAUUUCAUUAAAUUGAGAAAGAGAAAAUGUCAGUGGUGGCAACGGAGAGAUAUGGCUCCCUCGAGUCAUGGAAAUAUCAGUUGAAGGAUGGAGUAAUGGAGAGAGAAAGAGAAGGGGGCAACGGUGGGACGACUGGAAAAACCAUCAUUGGCGUGUUCAAAAGUGUCUUCUUGCCUCAGGGGUUUCCAGAGAGUGUCAGUGGCGAUUACCUGCAGUAUCAAUUUUGGGAUACUCUUCAGGCCUUCUCCAGUUCUCUUUCAGGUACUCUUGCCACCCAGGCCUCUUUAAGGGGUGUUGGUGUUGGAAACCAAGAGGCAACAGUUGCUGCUGCAACAAUUACCUGGUUAUUACGAGAUGGCACAGGCAUGCUGGGAAGAAUCCUAUUUGCCUGGCUUAAAGGGAAUAAACUAGACUCUGAGGCCAAAAAAUGGAGGCUUGUUGCUGAUGUUCUCAAUGAUAUCGCCAUGUUCAUGGAAAUACUGGCUCCUAACUUCCCAACAUGCUUCACUCUAAUUGUGUGCUCUGCUGGAAUAUUCAAGUCCAUUGUCGGGGUUGCAGGUGGGGCCACCAGAGCUGCUUUGACUCUUCACCAAGCUCGCAGAGACAACAUGGCGGACAUCUCUGCCAAAGAUGGCAGCCAGGAGACUUUAGUGAAUCUGGCUGGACUGCUAGUCAGUCUGAUCCUUAUUCCUCUUGUCACUGACAAUCCACUGCUGACGUUCGUCCUCUUCUUCCUUUUCACCAUCCUCCACCUUUUUGCAAAUUACAAAGCAGUGCGUUCGGUUGUCAUGGAGACACUCAACGAAGCUCGGCUUGCUAUUGUGCUCCACCAAUACCUUAGAGAUGGACGGGUCCUCGCUCCACUAGAGGCCAAUCAUAAAGAGCCUGUAUUCUUGGAGUUCAGGAGGACAGUGCCAAUCAAACUGGGAGUGAGGCUAGGGGAACUUGUUUAUACGUCAGAGGACCUUAAUUUGGCCAUGAAAAACAACCACGGGCCCUUCCUUAUCGGAGUCAAACGUGGCUCGGUGUGUGUUUGUUUGGGACCAGAUGCAUCUGUAUGUGAUGAGAUCAGGGCUGUGUGCCAAGCAGUGUGCCUCUGUGCUGUGUUACACCCUGUCUCGCCACUAGAGGGGGCUCUCAAACAACUCUCAAUGUCACACAGCAACAAUCAUUGGGAGCUGGUGCAUGAGAGUCAUAAACUUAUGGACCAAAUUUUUCAGCCAUUCCUCAAAGCUCUGGAGGUAGCUGGAUGGCAGACCAGUCGAACCCUACUGGACUGGAACGAAUGGAGGGUGGAGUGGAAGAAGAAGAGCAGUUAGAGGAGUGUCAGGGUCUCUAGAGAGCAGCAACUGCAAGGAAAUAGGCUGAGCUCUCUUUCAAACAUUCAUUGUGAGAUGCUCAAAGAUUAAUAUGCUCAGAUUCAAUUAAAGGUUUUUGUCCUUUUUUGGUACAUUUUAUAUAAACUUCAGAAUAAACUUGACCAUAACUUUAACCAUCUGUUAUGGCCAGUGUGAUAUUACCAGCCCCUGAAAGUAAGCCUCUGACUAGCCUGAUACAUCAUCCAGUGAUAGCCAGUUAGCUAGUCACAGUCUGACAUAAUGCAAUACAAUAAAUCUUUGGAAACGGUUCUCUCAGGACCUCUGGAAACCAGAAUAUUGAAUAAUAUUACAUUUGAACUUAGUCUGCCCAUUUGUCUGGGGGAUUGGUCCUUUUGAGACAAAAUAUUAAAAGGAAUGUACUGUAUGUACUGGCUCCCGAGUGGCUCAGCGGUCUAAGGCACUGCAUCUCAGUGCAAGAAGCGUCACUACAGUCCCUGGUUCGAAUCUGGCCGUGAUUGGGAAUCCCAUAUGGCGGCGCACAAUUGUCCCAGUGUUAUCUGGGGUAGGCCAUCAUUGUAAAUAAGAAUUUGUUUUUAACUGACUUGCCUAGUUAAAUAAAGGUUAAAAAUAAAUUAUAUUAAAUCAGACUUUCCAAACGUGGGUCCCAAUUCUCUGCUUGCCUCAUGUCAAAAUAAAAGUCAGUGACAAGUGAUCGCUUCCCACUUGGCACACCAUGUAAUUUCCACGUGGAUAAUUGGGUAAUAGUUGGUUGAGAUGUUGAUCAAUGAGAUUCCGACCUAUAUUCACCCACUCAAAAAGACAGCCAAAAGAUAUGCUGUGAUUUUAAAUGGUUCUUUUUAUAAAUAUCUGAUUUAGAUAAUUAUUCACACUCAGAGCCAAUACUUUGUAGAAGCACCUUUGGCGUCGAUUACAAUUUUGAGUCAUCUUGGGUGUAUCUGUAUCAGCAUUGCACAUCUGGAUUUGGGGAUUUUCUCCCAUUCUUCCCUGCAGAUUUUCUCAAGCUCUGUUAAGUUAGAUGGGGAGCGGCGGUGAACAGCAAUUCUAAAGAAUUUCCACAAAUGUAAUGGGAUUCAAGGCUGGAUUUCAGCUGGGCCACUCAAGGACUUUCACAUUCUUGUUCUGAAGCCAUUCCAGCGUUGCUUUGGCUGUAUGCUUGGGGUCACUGUCCUGUUAGACUGGGGCCGUGACCAAGUUAAGGUCAUUUACAUUCUGAAGUAUGUUCUCAUCAAGGAUUUUCUGUGUCCUUGCCGCUGAAAAGCAUCCCCAUAGCAUGAUGCUGCCACCACUAUGCUUCAGGGUAGGGAUGGUGUUCGACAGGUGAUGGGCUGUGUGCCUGGUUUUCUCCAGACGUAGCCUUAUGAUCUGAGUCUUUCACAUGCAUUUUUGCUAACUCCAGGCGUGCUGUCAUGUGCCUUUUUCUCAGGUGUGACUUCCAUCUGGUUAUUCUCCUAUAAAACCCAGAUUGGUGAAGUGCUGUAAAGACUGUUGUCCUUCUGGCAGGUUCUUCCAUCUCAGCCAAGGAACUCUGUAGUUCUGUCAGAGUGGGCAUUUGGUUCUUGGUCACCUCGCCCAGUUGCUCAGUUUGGUCGGGCAGCCAGCUCUAGGCAGAGUCUGGGUAGUUCCAUAUUUUUUCAAUUUCCCAAUGAUGGAGACCACUGUGCUCAUGGAAACUUUCAACGCUAUAGAAAUAGUUUUAUAGCCAUUCCCAGAUAUAUUCCUCCUCACAAUUGUAUCUCGGCGAUAACCGGACAGUUCCCUGGACUUCAUGGAAUAUUUUCUGCUCUGACAUGCCCUGUCAACAGUGGGAACUUAUAUAGACAGGUGUGUAUCUUUUCUAAAUAAUGUCAAAACAAUUGAAUUGGCCACAGGUGGACCCCAAUCAAGUUCUAGUGACAUCUCAAGGAUGAUCAGAGUAUAUUGGAUGCACCUGAGCUCAAUUUGGAGUGUCAUAGAAAAGUGGUGUGAAUACUUAUGUAAAUAAGAUAUUUCUGUAAAAAAAAAUAGCAAUUUAAUCCAUUUUGAAUUCAGGCUUUAAUUCAACAAAAUGUGGUCAUUUUUGGGGGUAUGAAUAAUAUAAUAUAAGGGGUAUGAAUUCUUUCUGAAGGCACUAUAGAGAGAAUACUGUAGACGGCAUGUGUGAAAAAGUGAUUGAUGAUCUAUUUUUAGUGUCACGUGUUUAUAACUUUUUAUGGACAUCCUGUCUGGAUGUUCUCACGCUAUGGGACAUCCUGUCCAGAUGUUCUCACACUAUCGAGUGAGUGCUUAUGUAAUAUGAUAGUGCAGCUGUUCCUUUGAAGUAAAGCAUAUGUUUGCAAUAAAAAUGUCAUGUUGA